AUGCCGCCCAGACAGCAGACCGGCGUGAGUUUCGCCUUUGUCAUCCUCAUGAUAUGGCUUCUCAUGCCCAUGGGCGACAUCGUAGGACAGACGGGGCCCCUGCUCUCCGCGAUUGCCGCGCGUCGACUGGCCCGCUACCGCGACGCUCUCGCGGUCCUUAACGGCACACAAUGGGGAGACUUUGCGCCGACUGCGCAGGACGCACCGGCCUUUCUCAACAUGACUGGCUUCCGCGAGAUUGACGGAUUCGCCUGGGAGGACCUUGACAGGUUCAGGGAGAAGAGCGUGCAGCUGAGCCGGCACGCGGUGGCCUCUGCGCCGGACAAGCCGUCGCUGUGGGACACGGCCGAGGGCGAGCCGGUGUGGACAACGGCGUCGGGCAGCUUAGAAGGCCAAUGGGUGUACAGUCCAGGAAGCGUGCCACGCAGCUACGACAGCUACAACCUCAGCAACAGCGUGCCCGACAUGGACUGGAUCGGCGACCACAUCAGCUGGGGCCGCAACCUGACGGGCUCGUCGGGCCUCAUGCACCUGCAUCUCGAGAGCAACAAGACGACGACGGCCUUUGAGCAGCUGCCGCGCGACCAGGCGCCGCUGGCCGGUGGCUCGAUCCGCCACGUCAAGGGCACGCUCUCGCUUGAGGACACGAUGGGCUCGCAAUCGACGUGGGACAUGCGCCUCUGGGGCGUGCACUGGCCGCGGCAGGGCGUCGUGCUCAUGACGACGACGAGCGAAAAGUACGAAGGCAUCUUUGGCCUCCCGCACCUAACGCCCGGACCGGACUACUUCCAGUCCAGCAAGGCGCUCCUCACCCAGCGUCUCGGCAAAGUGCUCGACGCCAAGGAGCGCAACGUCUACAGCGACCAGACGGUGCCGUGGAGCGCCGAGACGCAGAGCAGCCCGCAGUUUCUACUCAGCCCCGCGCCGCAGUGCGAGAUGAUCCUAUACGCGCAGGUGCAUCCGCCGGACCGUGACCGUCUGCGCGGCGGCGGCGCCGCCAAAGAUACGCUGGAAAUGGCGCAGCUCAUUGCCGCCAUCGAGGACGAGCUCGCGACGCCGCGCGGCGCACCCGUCGGUACCGUGCCCCCGCUGCGCAUGUCUGUCGUUGUCUACUCGCCCGACUGCGGCUUCUUUCUCGAGUCCAAGGGACCGCCCGCGUUUCCGCCCAGCGAGGCUAACCACCUCGCGGGCGUCAAGGCAGAGGUGCAGACGCACCGCAUCAAGACGUGGCUGCUCAUCUUUGCGUGCGUCGUCUUUGGCCAGGUCUUUCUCCUCAAGAACCAAAUGAAGGAGACGUUUACGCCGUCGACCAUGGGCCGCGUGAGCUUUGGCACCGUCGCCUCCAUGGUCAUGGUUGACGGCAUCACGUUUACCGCCUCGGCGACGUGGGUGUCGUCGGCCGGCGCCACGUUCCUCCCAACCAUGGCGCUCAUGUUUGCGGCGUUCUUGUCCAUGACCAUUGGCGGCAGCUUUCUGGCAAAGAUUUACGAAGUCCAGUUCCCAGAGAACAAUCCGCGCUCCGAGCCGUCCACCAACACUACGCCUUCGCCCGCGGCCCUCCCCUCCGCGUCCCUCCUUCCCGGUCCCGUCACCGCCCCCGGUGGCCUUCCUCCCCGCCAAUCACCCGUCAUUGUGCCUCUUGACGGUGAUGUCGACGCCGAUUUCACCUCUGGCGCCGCUGCCCUGCCAUCUCGCGCCACGCUCGCCGCCGCACCCUCCACCACCACCUCACCGCGUCAAAACUUUCAAGCCAUCAUCGGGCGCUUCGUCCUCAUCAGCCUCGUUCUCGGCUUCGUCACUCUCUCCUCCUCAACCUGGUACCCCUCCGCGCGUGCCACCUACCUCGAUAUCUGCGCCUUUGCCUACCUCUCGCUCUGGACGCCCCAGAUACGCCGCAACGCCGUGCGCAACUGCCGCCGGGCCCUGGCCUGGUCCUUUGUCCUCGGCCAGUCGCUCCUCCGCAUCACGCCCAUUGCCUACUUUUGGCUGAACCCCGACAACUUUCUCUUCGCGCGCACCAGCCCCCGCGCGUUUGCCGCCCUCGCGGCCUGGCUCUGGCUGCAGCUCGUGGUGCUCGCCGCGCAGGACGUCCUCGGCCCGCGCUUCGCCGUGCCCGCGCGCUGGCUGCCCGACGCGUGGGACUACCACCCCGUGCUGCGCGCGGACAACGUUGAGGCCGGCGGGCUCCCGAUUGGGCUGCUCGCCGUCGACGAGGCCAUGGAGCCAGCGCAUGACGGCGGCGCGCGACGGAGAAGCAGCAGUGCGGCGACGGGUGAAAAGGCUACUGCGCGACACGUCAUUGACUGCUCCAUCUGUCAGGAGAUUCUCGAGGUGCCCGUCGUGCGCGUCGGCGACGACGACGGUGGCGGCGUGGCGAGCGUGUUUGCGAGGCGCAUGUACAUGGUGACGCCGUGUCGGCACAUUUUCCACACGGCGUGCCUGGAGAGCUGGAUGAAGUUUCGGCUGCAGUGUCCGAUAUGCAGAGAAGAUUUGCCGCCGCUGUGA